AUGCCAACUUGGAGGACGCAUUUUACCAAUGUACCGCCGACUGUGAAAACUUUAAUUUUUCUUAUAGUUUUUACCUCGGCGCUUGGAGCUUUAAAAAAAUUUCAUAGCUUGAUCGAAACUUCUUUUGCAGAUGUUUUGCCAGAUUUUGCACUUGUUCCAGGUCAUGCAAUACAAAAGGUUUGGACAUUUUUUACUGCAGGAUUCUUAGAAACUGAUCCUAUAUCGUUAAUAGGAAGUGUUAUAACAAUGGCAGCAUGUGGGAAAUAUUUAGAAAGAGCCUGGGGGUCAAAGGAUUUUUUGAAAUUUGUUGGAAUAAUUCUUAUUGGCGUUACUUUAGCAACUUUUUUAACAUAUUUAUUGGAAUAUGCUAUUACAGGAGAUGAAUAUUAUUUGUUUGAAGUACAGGCGAAUGGGAUGGUUGGUGUUAUAUGUGGAUUUUUAGUUGCAUUAAAACAACUUGUACCUGAACACUUGGUCCAAACUCCAUUAUCAAUCCGUGUCAAG